AUGAGAGUGGUUCUUCAGAAGGUCAGCAAAGCAGCUGUUACGGUGGACUCAGAAGUCGUGUCUGCCAUCAAGGAAGGCUACAUGCUUCUGGUAGGAAUUUCGGUCCAUGACACCAUUGAAGACGCGGAGAAAAUAUCCAGGAAGGUGCUCAACUUGCGCAUAUUUGAAGACGAGAACGGGGCCUUCUGGAAAAAAAACGUGAAAGAAGCUGGUGGGCAGAUCUUAUCUAUUUCUCAAUUCACGUUGCAGGCAGUUACCAAGAAGGGCACCAAGCCGGACUUUCACCUAGCACAAAAGGGGCCUAUAGCGAAAGGGCUAUAUGAUGAAUUCCUGGGCUUACUGAGAAAAGACAUGGGGGACGAGAACGUGAAGGACGGAGUGUUUGGUGCUAUGAUGAGCUGCGAGCUAGUGAACGAAGGCCCCGUUACGAUAGUUCUUGACACAAAAGAAUAA